UUAAAGGGAUUUUCCGGUGUGUAGGACGUGACAUCCGGUCGGUGAGACGUGGCUUGGGGUAGGAUAAUCAACAAGACAGUUAGUGCUGUAUCCAGUCCUCAGUACUGACGGCUGACUGCGACUCAACCGCACUGGAUGGCAGGGACAAGCCGGAGCAAACAUUUCAGUAAUCUCAGCAGGAUUACAUUCUGCAUUGCAGCACCCUGUGUGCUGAUCCGGAGCACUCUACAGAAGACUGGCCUCAUGAGCACCGGACCCGGCAGGCCCGUUUGGGCUUUGGCUGCUCUUCUGGUUGGUGCUGCCUUUCUGGCCGUCACCUCUACGUCCUCUUCCAGUGGGAAGAAAGUGACUCAGACGGCCCUUGCUCAUGCGACAGCGGCUGCUGCUGGUCCAGGUACCUGGCGCGCUGAGGAGAUGCUGGGCUUCCACAGUCUCGCCAUGCUGUUGUCCAGAGAUGGCGUAGAUGUUUGGUUCUGCUCUAUUGUGGGUUCUGUUGCUGUGGGUCUCAGUGGAAUAUUUCCCCUCCUAGUGAUCCCUAUUGAAGCAGGAGCAGCACUGAAAACAGAAGCUGGUUGCCAGAAACUAAAGAAGCUGCUGAGUUUUGCAAUUGGAGGCCUCCUUGGUGAUGUCUUCCUCCAUCUCCUCCCUGAAGCCUGGGCUCACACAUCCAGCAACAGUCCAAAAGAGAAACACUAUCGUACCCAAGGCAUAUGGGUGGUUUUGGGAUUGUUGUCCUUCCUGUUGCUGGAGAAGAUGUUUCCAGACGAGGAAGGUGCUUCAGAGAGCAGCACCAUAAACCAUGCAAACAAUUCCUCUUCAGCAGAUCACCAGGGUGAAUAUUGUACAUCUUCGGAAAUUAACGGCAUCUGCUCCAUCAACAAUUCCAGCUCCAAGCCGAUGACUAACAUCAGCUCCCAGCCUCGACAAGAGAAGAUAAAGACGAGCGGCUAUCUGAACCUUCUGGCCAACUGCAUCGACAACUUCACCCACGGCCUGGCAGUAGCAGGGAGCUUCCUAGUCAGCAGGAAGGUUGGCUUGCUAACAACAUUUGCAAUCCUAUUGCAUGAGAUCCCCCAUGAGGUGGGAGAUUUUGCUAUUCUGCUGCGUGCUGGGUUUGAUCGCUGGAGUGCAGCACGCAUGCAGUUAUCCACAGCACUGGGUGGAGUUCUUGGGGCAUGUUUUGCUCUUUCUGCUCAAUCACAGCAAGGCGCUGAAAAUGCCACAGCCUGGAUCCUGCCCUUCAGUUCUGGAGGCUUCCUCUACAUUGCAUUGGUCAGUGUGGUGCCUGAUCUUCUGGAGGAGACCAACAUUAGAAAUUCUUUACUACAGAUCCUGUUGAUCUUUUGUGGUGUCGGAGUCAUGGCGCUGCUUUCUGUUAUAGCGGAGUAGCCAGAAGGCUUAAAGACUUUUCUGAAUGAAAGACUGACCUCUACCAGUUUGGAGAACUGACGGAUAAUGCACUCCAUUAUUUAAGCUUUAGAAGAGGUUUGACUGACCCAAAGGGAUGUUCAGACUAUCAGGUUUGUGUGUGUUUAUGUGUAUAUAUGCUACACCAGCACUUUGAAUCAGAAAUGUAGCUGACACACACAAGCGCAAAACAAUAGAAAAGCAAUAGAUACAUAAAAGACCAAAUCGCAGUGUUUGGCAUGUUACAGUAAAUAUGCAAUUGGAAAAAAGAUACACAGCAAAAAUGUCUUUUGGGUCACUAUAUAUAGACUUGAAUAUGGAUGUUUAUCAGUAUGCCCAUAAAACUAUGCAUUUUGAUAAUGAUAACUAGAGUAUACUAUUUAGCGCCGAAAUUUCCAAAUUGUUACUUGGUCUGGUUGCUCUAGUACUUGGCAGACUGUCCUGAUUUUCUGCUGUCUUCUCAACCUGUGCUUGAAUUUAAUGAGCAGCCUUGGGUAUUCAUGGUAGGAUGUAUGGUUAAGCAACCCACACACACUCUAAGACACCACAGGCAUAAUGUAAUCAUGAACUCCCCAUAGACAUAGUCAUAACGGGUACACUAACUUUUGCUUUCCAAGUGUUAUUAUACAACUUUAAAUGUGCACAUUUAAGCAUGCUGCUUUACUUUUUGUUACAGUGUUAUUUUUCACAAAUCUUAUAUGUUCCACUUCACCACCUGGCUUUGAAUCUGGAUGAAUGCAGACGCAACAGUGCAACGUGCUAAUUAGUCGCUUAAUGUUUAGAGCCUUAGUGUUAGCCAUUACUAGUUUAUUCCUUCUCUUAUAGCCUUUGGAUUUUAAGAGGUCUUUACUGAUCAUGGAGAUUACAUGAAAUUUCUACUAUGAGAUUAUCACUUAUCUCUCACAGGACGUGUGGCCUUUUUAAAGCUUGAAAUAGCAUUUAUAUCAUUUUCCUAAGUAUGACGACAGAAAUUACCUGCACACUGUAAAACAGAAUGUUACUGAAAGUAAUGCCAGCCAUCGGAUCAAAGUAUGGUUAUAGAAAUGUAUAUAUUUUUAAAAACAAAAAAAGAUAUUUAUUAAUACAUGAAAGUCAUGUGAGAAGGAACAAAGUUUUAUUUCUGACACUUUUAUCACCCCCAACACUGUUAUUGAAAUAAAAGAUAUGAAAUGUC